AGUAUAAAUGAAAUGUAGGGUUUGCUGUUAUUUGCAACGUCAGGAAUCCCUCUUUCCUGUGUCUUGGAAGAUCUCCCAAUGAAGAUGAGCGUAGUCCUGUAAGAUGGAAGGCGGUCUAAUGAAUUAGCCGAGGGUUGGAGAACACAUGAACCCCAGCUGGAUGAGGCCCCGAUAUGUUUACGCUCUGCAUUGUCUCGGGUUGCCAUUGUCAUUCCUUCUUCCAUAGCUGCUUGGGGAGGAGAACCAGCGGAGUUUCCAGGCCCUUUACGCAGCCAAUCGGAUGGUGAACCUUUGCGACGUGACCGACCCUUCGACCUUCCCUGCGGUGCACGAAGUGGCCUGCUCAGUCUUCAGGCAGAAGAAUGGGGAGAGCCAGCACACCGUCCACGCCAUGGGCCACUGCCACAUUGAUUCUGCCUGGCUGUGGCCUUACGAGGAGACGAUUCGUAAAUGCGCUCGCAGCUGGAUCACGGUUGUUCGGCUCAUGGAGAAAAACCCAGAGUUCACCUUUGUGUGCUCACAGGUAGGAAUGCCUCUCUUUUAUGCCUUUUUAGAUGUUAUCUAUGACAUUGAGAAGUUCACUGUGGAUGGAAUGCAAGAGAGAGAGGGUUCAAGGGUAGGAGAGGAUCUCUUUCGCACAUAUUACCAGGUCUAGAUUCCCUGAUUGGAAUCAAUAAUAAAUAAUAAUAAUAAUAAUCAUCAUCAUCAUCUUUAUUUCUACCCUGCCACCAUCUCCCCAAAGGGGACUCGGGGCGGCUUAUAUGAGGCCAAGCCCAGUAGUGCCAUCAAUUCUAGGCAUAUUCCAUUAAAAUGUCCAAAUAGCAGGUAAUUGUUUCCCCAUUAGCGUAGAUUCCUUC